AUCCCUCAAAAACGUAAACAAACUAUAGUUUCUCAUAUUUAGAGGAUAAAAACUGCAUAUCAUUAAGUAUUUAAAGUGGGCAUUGUAAAAGAGAGGAAUGGAUCUGGUGAGUAUAGGGGACUGGCAGUCAGAUCUUAGCAUACCUGAAAGCAACAAGUACAUGCUGCACAACAAAAUUGGCUGUGAUAUAACUUUUCUUUUGGGGAAGUCUAAAGAAGAAGUUCAUGCUCACAGAUACAUGCUGGCUAGCCGAAGUAGUGUGUUCUUUGCAAUGCUGUAUGGACCAUUUGAUAAAAGUGACAAAGCUAUUGAAAUUCCUGACAUUGAAAAAGACAUUUUUGAACAAAUUCUAAGGUUUAUGUACUGUGAGGAAAUUUUAAUCACAGAGGACAAUGUUACACACAUUCUGUAUGCUGCUCGUAAAUAUGGAAUCUCCAAGGUUACUGUGGAAUGUCGAAAUUUUCUGGAGAAGAACAUAAGUCCAGAAAAUGUUUGCGUCAUAGCAGAAAAUGCACACAUCUUUGAUGAAGAUGAACUCUUCAAAAUGUGCCUCGACUAUAUCACUAAACAUGCCUUUGAGAGUCUUCAGUCUGAGGCUUUUACACAACUUUGUAGACAGUGUGUAACUAGGAUCAUUGGAAGAGAUGAUCUUCCAGUGGAUGAAGAUCACAUCUUGGAGUGCAUGUCAAACUGGGCUAAGAGGGAAUGCAGUCGCCAAGGACUAGCAGACACUGAAGAGAACCAGAGAGUUGUCCUUGGUGACCUGUUUUACUUGAUUCGGUUUCCCAUCAUGGAUCUCACAUUUUUUGCCGACAAUGUGGCCAAAACAUGCAACCUUUUGUCUGAAAAAGAAAAAAUUGAUUUGUACACAUACAUGGCAGGAAGCAAGAAAGAAUUAUCAGAUACCAAAUUUGUGACAAAUCAAAGAAAACCAUUCUUCAUCACAUGCUCACGAUUAGGAGCUGUAGAGAAAGCAAACAGUGAAAACUUCAGAUGGAGAACUGGGGAAGUUGAAAAGCUAGACUUCCGUGUGUCCAAAAAGAUAGAAAUACAUGGCAUUGAAGUAUAUGGUGGGAGACAGGAAAAGUCUAACUACAAGCUAUCUGCAUGGCUGAGGAAACAUGACACAGAUGAAGUGAUUGCAGACUUUCACACCAAGUUGUCCACAACACCUGACAGGACAUCCUACCAGGUCUUCUUCAGAAAGCCUGCAACCGCUCAAGCAAAUAAGAGAUAUUGUAUCCACUUACAAAUGAAAGGGGCAAAGACAUACUGGAGUGAGGAGGGAGUGACAAAUGUAACUUGCCAUGACAUUGUUUUCAGCUUUCUUGACUCGCAGGAAAUGGGCAAUGGCACAGGAGUAAAGCGAGGUCAAAUUCCUGGCAUUAUUUUCACAAGAUAUCCGACCAACCAGGAAGGUUAAUCUGGUGUUUAAAUAUCCUUUAACCAUAUAUUUUUGUUGUUUUGAAGUUAUAAUAUAAUGUUGCAGAACAACAGAUUAUGAUCAGAGGUUGGAAACCAUAUUUUAAAAAAGCAAGAGAACUUUUUUUUAAAAAACUGUAUUUAAGACUUUUAAUGGGUAAAGCUAUGUGAAUAACUUUCGAUCUGCUUUCAAUACAGAUAUACAUGCAUUUUAGACAUUGUAUCAUAUUUUUACAUUGUUGAUGUGCCUUUGUUGCCAUUUCAACAUUUUUAUGAAAUUUCUGGAUGAAGUGUGAAGCUAUUAUCUUUUUAAUUUAUAUACUUUAUCUUAAAGAGAAAGUUAAACAGAAGUUACUAAUGAGGAUGAAUAGAAAUUUUUUUUAAAGUUGUUUACAAAGUCAAUACAUUGGGUACAUGGGUUUCAACAUAGAUUUUUAAUACAUUAGUGCAGCAUAAUGCAAUUUUGAUUAAUUUUUCUGGGUUUCAAAAGAAAUGACAUUUUAAUCAUGAUGGAAUAUUUUUACCAUGUAAAAUUUUAUGUCUGGAAAAUUUUACAAAGGAGCCAUAGAUAGAGUUAAGAUAUACAUAUCUUAGUACAUAACCUGUUAUUCAUUGUGAUUUAUUUACAGUACAGUGUACUUCAUUCCUAUGGAGUGCCUUACAUAGUAACACAUAAAGCAAGACUCUUUAACAGUCAUGCAAGAGUAAAGACACUUUUCAUUAUGAAAAUAAAACACCUAGGUAGAUAAUCAAUGUAUACAAAACCAGUUGAUGACUAGGAGUAGAUUUGUUCAAAUCAGGAUUGGUUUAAUAGUUACCAAAUGAUAUGUAUAUAAAAGUAGUUUGAUUUUAUAUGAAGGUUAAGGGGUACUAGUUUUGAUAAUUAAAAAAAGAAUGUAGCUCUUCUAAAAACCAUAUAUGGUGGAAUUUGUUUGAACUUUAUCACAAGAUUUUACAAAAACAUUUUUAUUAGUACAAAAGUAAUAUUAAUUCAGAUUGGACCUUGGUUCAUGAUGAUGGAAGUUAAAAUUGUUGAUGUCAUAUACCGGUAUUCAUUUUUGUUACCAUAUUUUUUAAACCAAAAUUUCCUUGGGGUAAAUCCUAAGUGUUUUUUUUAUGUGCCAAAGUUGUACUUAAUUAUGCUAUUAAAUAAAGAAAUUGCAAUGUUAA